GAAAACCACCUUAAGCACCCCAUUCCACAAAUCAUUAAAGUAAGAUGAUGAUUGAUUAUGAGUGUCCAUCUUCAACUAUAUAUAAAUGCUUCCUAGCUUGUGUCAAAAGAGCUACUACACCUUCAUCUCUCUAUCUCUUCUUUUUCUUCCACUAUAACACACACACACACUCACAAAUUAAUUCAGACAUAUAGACACCAAUGUCUACACUGACCCGUCUUUUUGAUCUUCCGGAACAGAUAUGUUACAUACAAUGUGGAUUCUGUAACACUAUUUUAAUGGUAAGUGUUCCAUGCAGCAGUUUGUCAAUGGUGGUGACUGUAAGAUGCGGGCACUGCACAAACCUCCUUUCUGUUAAUAUGUUGAAAGCUUCUUUUAUCCCUUUCCACCUCUUAGCAUCUCUUAGUCAUCUUGAGCCAAAAGAAAGUAGUCCAGAAGAAGAUGCUAACAAGACUUUGAACAGUCACAGUGCAUCCAUGAUGACCUAUUCUGAUUGUGAGGAAGAGGAUAUAAUUCCAAUGAGUCAUCAUGUUGUGAAUAAACCCCCAGAGAAGAGACAGCGAACACCAUCAGCUUAUAACUGCUUCAUCAAGGAGGAGAUUAAAAGGCUAAAGGCUGAAAAUCCUGAAAUGAGCCACAAGGAAGCUUUUAGUACAGCUGCAAAAAAUUGGGCCAAUUUCCCCCAAACUCAGUGGUGCAAAGGAGAUGAAGAGAGGUGUAGCCAGACAGAACAACUUGUUGAUCUUGACUCACUAGUGGACCCUGCUGAUGCUGAGGUCAAUGAAGAAGUUCAAGGUUUCCGUGGAAGAAAGGUGCCAAGAAAUUCCAUCUUGGAAACGACACAGUUUGAAUGAAGAAAGCUCAGCAUAUGUGACAUAACUAGCUAUAUUACUAUUUUCUGUCUUUAUGGUUUCCACUAAAUCAUUUUCCUAAUUAAGAAAAGAUGCUCUUGGUAAUGAAAACGAAUUAAGUAGGGUUGAGACUUGAGAGCUGACAAUUUGAGACUUUAGGAAGUGCUUUACAAUUGAUACUUUUAUCUGACACCUUUCCUUUCCAGCAUACCAGUUCCUUUAACUAGUCUUCAGGACCACAAAUGUUCUUUCUUUUGUUUUUAUGUUUUUGGUUUUCAUAAAUGUUCAUUUGUUAAGUGUUCCUUGA